CUUAGCAGAUGAUCAACUAAUCCAAACGCUGUCAUACAUUAAAUUUCAACCACUAAUAGUUGGACGUUCUACCGAGGUAAGAUGAAUUUGGAGGAGUACUUCCAAAGAAUUGGCUUUGAUGGCCCGUUUGACAGGGUGGAUCUUGCAGCUCUGAGGUCGAUCCACAAGCUGCACGUCAUGUCGAUCCCAUUCGAAAACCUGAGCAUUCACUGUGGAGAGUGGAUCACCAUGGACCUGGAGGCUAUAUUCCAGAAGCUGGUGAGGAGCAGUCGUGGAGGCUGGUGCCUUGAGAACAACUACCUGUUUGGAUGGGUGCUGAGAGAAAUGGGCUUCAGUGUCACAAUGCUGGGUUCCAGAGUCUUCAACAGCGUCAUCAAUGACUUUGCACCUGGGGAGGAACAUCUCAUCAACAUGGUUGAAAUUGAUGGGAAGGCUUAUAUAGCCGAUGUAAGCUUCGGGGUGUCGUCACAGAUACGGGAGCCGCUGGAGCUCAUCUCUGGGAAGGACCAGCCGCAGGCAGCUGGGGUGUUUCGCCUCACCGAUAAGGGGGACAUCUGGGUUUUGGAGAAGACCGGCAGGAAACCAGAGGUUAUUAAUCCAGAAUUUUCCAAAUCCAGUCUGGUGAACAAGAUGCAAACAUAUCAGAUCUACUGCUUCAACCUGGAGCCUCGAGAGGCAGAAAAUUUCCAAGCAAAAAGCCACACACUUCAAACAGACCCAGCCUCUCUGUUCACCAAUAAGUCCAUACUCUCCCUGCAAACACCAACAGGAUUCAAAUCCCUGGUCGGCUUGAUCUACAGUGAGGUCACCUACAAGGAUGAGGAAGGGGUGGAUGUCUUGGACAUGAGAUACAUAACUGAGGAUGAGCUUGAUCAAGUCCUGAAAGAACAGUUUAAUGUAAGGCUGCAGAAUAAAAUGAAGCCUGCAAACAGAAAGGCAUGCUACACAAUCUAGUAAAUACCAAAUUACUUUUUAAUACAACUUUGAAAU